AUGUCCUCGGAUGCCGGCCCGGUGUCCUUCGCCCUCCUCCCGGAGUGGCGCAGUGAGGCGCGGGCACGGCGCCCCAGCCAGCGGCCGCAGGUGAGGCGGGGGCGGCGACAGCCCCAGCCCUCCCCGGGUACCCCCGCCCUUACCUCGUCCUGGGUCGCCGGCGUCCAAGGAGAAGGGCGCCCACCCGGGAGGCGGCGGCGCCCCGCGGCCUGGCGGGGGCUGCGUUGGGGGUCCCUGGCCCGCGCCUCUCUCACCCCCCGAGAGGAUGCUGGCUGCAACUUGGAUCCGGAGAGGGAAGGUCCUGGAAGCCAAGCGCCUCCCGGCUAUUUGCUCUUCUUUAUUUGUUUUCUCCUCCCGGGAAGGAGGAGGAAAGCGCAGAGAAAAGGAAAGGGAAGGACGGAAGCGGCGCGGGCCGCUGCUCCGGUGCCCUCCCGCUGCGCAGGAGCGAGGCGGGAGGCGAGAUACUUCUCACUACAAAUCGGCUCUCUCCGGGGAUUAGCAGCUACACGAAAGUGCAUACUGGUGCUGCGGGCAGCCGAGGGGGCCGGGCAAGGCAGACACUCCCCGGCCCAGCCCCGCGCCUCCCUUGAGACACUGGGGACGCGCAGGGGUCCCGCAGCCGGUGGGGUGACUUCACCCUCCUUCCUCCUCCUCCCCUUCCACGUGGGGCCCGCCACGUGGGGAGACGCGAGCUCUGGCGGGCCUCAGCACGGUCCCCCGGGUGGCUCCGGCUCGAUAAGGCCCCCACCACGCCCGCUUAGCCGACCUGCACUCUACUCGGCCCCGAGGCUCCAACUUCCUCCUGGGCCCCGCGCAGGCCACGGGUGUUGUCCCAUGCUCGUGAGGUCAGGCGCGGGCCGGCCACAGGGGGCACUUGCGCUCCCAGAUCCCAGAUCCGGGAGAACGUGCCAGGGAGGUAGCGCUGGCUGCGGGGCGCGCGGAGACUGGUCUGUGUGCUGGAACUUGCCACGAUGUGUUCGCUGCGAGAAGCGAACUGUUUUUACACAUUUAGAAAUGUCUUUCUGUUGGCUGGAUGUCGCUGGGGCUAUUUUGAAAGCCUUGCCCUUGGUCAAGUCACCAGCUUCUCUAGAGGCCUUGCGGGCCCGGGGGUCGCAUGUGAGGUGCCCUUUCGCGAUCAUGAGUCCACAAGUGUUUCGGUGCAUUGCGAUUGGAAUCUGGACUCUUAACGACGAUGGGGCACAGCGGCCGCGCGAGACUAGUCAGCAUCUGGGCUGA